GCGCAGUCAGAAUAUUAGACAAAAACAUCAAAGGCAGCAGUGGGAAUAAAGGAUUCCUGCAUUAUAGAACAUUAAACGCUCCUCGAGAAAUAGUCGGAACAACAGUUUAUUUAUCGCAGUUUGCUUAAAUCCAUCGAUAAUGCCUUUUCUUGGACAGGAUUGGAGAUCUCCAGGACAGAGCUGGGUGAAAACAGAAGAGGGAUGGAAAAAUUAUUCGUCGGACAAUAAAAACAACAAUGACUCGGACAUGAGCUACUGCAAAAGUGAGGAUGAGUGCUUCAAGGAGAACCUGCUUCUGGCUCUGACAUAUGAGAUGUCAGCCAAGAAGAGGAAGAAGGACUUCAUGAACAACAACACAAAGGUUCCAUAUUUCCACAAGGAGAAAUGGAUUUAUGUUCACAAAGGAAGCACCAAAGAGCGACAUGGAUACUGCACUCUGGGCGAAGCCUUUAACCGCCUGGACUUUUGCAGUGCCAUCAAGGACAGCAGGAGGUUCAACUAUGUUGUACGGUUGCUGGAGCUGAUCGCUAAGUCCCAGCUGCCUUCUCUAAGUGGAGUUGCUCAGAAAAACUACAUGAACAUCCUGGAAAGAGUUGUGCAGAAAGUGCUCGAUGACCAGCAGAACGUCCGACCAAUCAAAGAGCUGCUGCAGGCUCUCUAUGUGUCUCUGUGUGACCUGGUGCAGGACAUGGGCAAGUCCGUCCUGGUGGGGAACAUCAACUGCUGGGUCCACCGCAUGGAGAACAUCCUCCAGUGGCAGCAGCAGCUGGAUAAUAUCCAGAUCAAGCGGCCCGUGUCUAAAGGGAUGAGUCUGACAGACCUGCCUGCCAGCCUCCAGCUGAACAUCAUGGAGCGCCUGUCAGAUGGCCGCGACCUGGUCAGUCUAGGCCAGGUGACCCCUGACCUCGAGGCCCUGGCAGAGGACCGCCUGCUGUGGAAGAGGCUGUGCCAGUAUCACUUCAAUGACCGCCAGAUCCGUAAACGUCUGAUGGUGUCAGACAAAGGCCAGUUGGAGUGGAAGAAGAUGUACUUCAAGCUGUGCCGCUGCUAUCCUGUCAGAGAACAGUACAGCGAAACCCUUCACUUCUGCACCCACUGUCAUAUCCUCUUCUGGAAGGAUACAAACCAUCCUUGCACAGCCAACAACACAGAGAGCUGCUGCAAACCUGUGUCUCCACAAGGCUUCAUCAGCCUCUUCAAGUUCUGAGAGCCUCACAGAACCUGAAUGACUUUGUACAUACAAAACUGUUCAUAGUGGGAUUAAUGGAUUCAGACAGGUCCUUAGUCUGUGUAUAGUGGUUUUGGUUCAAUGGUUUCCUGGUCGCCAUGGUACUGGGGACAGGAAGAAGAAGAAGAAGAGGAAGAGUCAUGCAACUAACUUCCUGAAUAAGAGCACUGCGGAUUCUGGGAGCUGGAGUUCUAUUGCUUGGAUCAACUGAAUGUGACCUGAUGGGAAGAGGUAGAGAAGAGAGAGGGAAAUUAGGUUAAACAGAGUACUCAAGUUACAAAAAUAUUUUUUCCUAUUUUAAUAUUUUAAAAAAGGUAUGCAGUAAUGACAUUACUACCGUAACAGCAUUCAGCAUUUUCCAGAAAGGAGAUGGAAUUUCAAGAAGGGAUGUAUAGUUUCAAAGCAUGACUAUAUUGAGGAGGGGGGGUUCGGGGGGAGUAGGAAAAUGUAUUUAUGAUUUUUAAUUUUUAAUUGUAAUGACUUACUUCAAAUGUAGCCGAGGUUGUGUUUGUGUUUUAAAAAUGUAUGAAUGUUUUUGGGACUUUUUGGAGGCUCUAAGAGUUUAAAGAAAUGUUCUCUUGCAUGGGGGACAGGUUU